AUGUUCGCCAUGAAAUUCUUGGUUCUCUUCGCCGGUUUGAUCGCGGCCUGUUCCGCCGGUUUAUUGCCAGCGGCAGUUCCUGCGGCGGUCCCAGCGGCAUUCGCGGCACCAGUUCCAGCAGCUCUGACGGUCGGAACCUAUGCGACCAGCUACAACGCUCACGCGAUUAAUCACGCGGUCGCUGCACCGUACAUCGCCAGCCCUCUGGUCGCCCACGCCGCCGCUGCUCCAUUCGCCUAUUCCGGCCUGCCCGCCGCAACGCUGAUCGCCGGCAGACGCUGAGAAUCCUACCUUUUCAACCUUACCAUUCUCGAGGACACCCGUGAAACAUCCGGUUGCGUUCGAACGCCCAUCCCCAACCGUGAAACAACAGCCUAACCUUCUCGCUACUACCAUCCCU